AUGGGCGAAAUAGACAACAAGUUCACCGAAGAAAGGGUUGAGUCUGCCUCUGACUUUCCCCAGAAGCCGCAAUUCGGCGAUGGGAACUUCAAGGCCAAUGUGCAACUUGCCGAUGGAGAUGUCACUUACCUCAUUCCAACUCCAAGUUCAGACCCGCGAGAUCCCCUCAACUUGAGUCCACUAAGAAAAUGGAUCAUUACGAUGACUUGUGCAACUUUUGCAGCGGUCGGCCUCGUCCAAGUCUCCGGGCUAGGAGCCCUUCUUGGGGAAUUCAUACCCGAAUACGCAGCUGAAGGAAGGGGAUACGAUGACAUCUCUCAUCUCAUGACGUACCCUUCCUUAUUCAUGGGCCUUGGAAACCUGAUCGGAAUGCCUCUGGCUCUAGCCGUAGGUCGCCGGCCAGUCUUCCUCGGGUCUUGCGCUUUGGCCGUGGUGGGUUCCAUACUCUGCGGAUUCCAAAAGGGUUAUACCUCUCACCUCGUUGCCCGCAUGGUUCUCGGUCUAGCCGCUGGUCAGAGCGAGGCUCUUUGCCCACUCAUGGUGCAAGAGGUCCACUUCCUCCACGAACGCGCACGCUGUCUGAUGUGGUUCACCCUCUGGCAGUCAACUCUCAGCGCGGUCUACUCCCUCCUGACUUCCUACAUAGCCGCCGGCAUCGGCUCGUCGGGUUGGUACUUCUUGGGUUCUGGCUUUGCCGCCGUUACUCUGAUCUUUGCCAUCUUCAUGGUCCCCGAGACCAAGUACGACCGGCCGCUCGCCGCCUAUCAAGGCCAGACCGCCCAGGUAUCCCACUUUGUCAGCACCGCUGGCCCCGGGGUUGAUGACACUACCGGGGUUUACACCGAGAUGCUCACCCGCAAGACUACCACGGAGCCCCGGCAGCUUGACUUUGUCAACUUCAAGCCUCGCACUUUUGCCUCUGACCUUCGGCUGUUCUCACAAAAGCCCGACUGGAAAGAAGGUUGGCAAUGCUGCACUGGCAUGGCCCUUGUCACCUUCUUCCCGGACAUGUUGUGGGCCCUUUUGCUCAACGGACUGACCAUCGGCGUGAAUAUCGCUCUUGGUACCACUUAUGGCGAGAUCCUGCAACGCGCUCCGUACAAUUGGAAAUCGUCAGUCGUCAGUUUCGCCUUGACGGGUCAAAUCGUCGUCGCAUUCCUAGCCCUUCCACUCUUAGGUCGAGGAUCAGACUGGGUCAUCAAGUUCUUCGCUCGAAGAAACGGCGGUGUACACAAAGCAGAGUACCGACUUAUCCCUCUCAUCAUUCCUGUCAUUGUAGGCACACUCGCGUCGGUACUCUACGGCCAGGCGGCCGAGCACCCUGACAGGUUUCACUGGUUUGCCAUUGUGUUUUCCUUGAACGCCUACUAUUUUGGAUUUGUCGGAGCGAACCAGGUCGGCAUCACCUAUGCCCUCGACGCGUAUCCGACGCGAUCCGGCCCGGUGCUGGUCAUCAUCUGCGCCAUGCGCGGUGUCAUCUCCUUCGGAACAAGCUAUGGCGUAACGCCUUUUAUCAACUCAAUGGGAUACGAUGGCGCCUUUGGAAUUUAUGGAGCUCUGACGGCAGGUGUAGGUGCUGCUGGAAUCUUUGUCUUUAUCUGGGGGACCCAGAUCAGAGAGAUGGUUUCCAAGUGGGCUGUUGCAAGCACCACGACCACCCCUUCGUACAAUCAUUAG